AUGGCGGCAAGGCUGCGGCUUUCCCCGCACUACGGUGCACUGUCCAGGCUAGCAGCCGGUGAGGGCGAUCCAUCAAAGCUGAGUCUAGACGUGGAUGCCAAGGAGUGCGAAGAGAUCGCUGCCAUUUGUCGGCACCUGGACCUGAAGAUCGAGGUGCUUCCCGCGCCUCCUGGCAGCGCUGCUUCGAAACGGGUCACCGCCAUUCGUGCAGCCGACCCAUUCGAGGAGGCAGAAGCAGAGGUGAAGGUGGAGCCACGCCCGGCAGCCGUCAGCGGAAAGGUUCGCCUGGAGGAGCGCUUCGGGCGGAAACCGCCAAAGCCAGCGGUAGAGGCCGAGACGCUUUUAGAGAAGAGCCAGCUGCCAAAGCUGACCGACUUCUAUCGGGCGGUGGUGGAUGCCUAUCCAGGCUUCCACGUGCCACUGGCGAAGCUUCUGACACAGAACCUUCGAGCUGCGGGGGUCUCCGGGCUCACUUCGUCCUCCAGCGACUCAGACUCUGAGGAGAAGAAGAAGAAAAAGAAGAAGAAGAAAAAGCUGAAGAAGGAGGCCAAGAAGGCCGAGAAGCGCAGAGCGAAGGAGAAGGCAGAGGAGGCAGAGGAGGACACGAACAGCGACGAGGGGCACGGCAAAGCCAAGAAAGCAAAAGGCCCUGUCAAGGUCGUCGAUGUCAAGACUUGCACGGCAGAGGAGGUGGAUGACGAACUUCAGAAAGAGCUGGAGUUCGAGAAGAGUAGGCCGGCUGGACUGCAGUAUGCCCCCUUUUAA